CCUGUUAACGACAGUUCCAGAUUGCGUGGUCUGACAAGCUGCAGAUUCACCCUGCGCUGCAGUCAAACACAGGAGAGCUUGGAGCUGCCAUCGCUUUAACCAUCACUAGCACAUGGGCUGCAUCGACAAGGGAAACUACAUACCAGCAAAAAAGGUUGGAACACCAGACAAGUGGCAGAGCCAAUCUCAGGGAUCUUUCGGUGUUUGGUGUUAAAUUCAAGGUUCCUCUACAUCGCACUGUAAGUCCAUCCGUAGGAAACAUGAACCAAUCAACAAGUAUGGAAAUCUAUUGUAACCAGAUGUGUAAGAUUGACUUUAGAAAAAACAGUGUUGAAUUGGCAGCCAUGUACAGUGUAAUCUUUACCGUGAGUAUUACCAUGAACUGUCUGACACUGUGGCCAAUUAUCUUGCAAGUCAAACAGAAGAAUAUCCUUGGAGUUUACCUAUUAAGCCUGUCCAUAUCUGACAUUUUCUACGUCUUGACCAUUCCUCUCUGGAUCCUGUAUUACUACAACGGCCACCAGUGGAAGCUCAGCUGGGCCUCCUGUUAUUUCUCUGGGUUUGUCUUCUAUUCCAAUGUCUACAUUAGCAUCUUCCUGCUUUGCUGCAUCUCGGUUGACCGCUACUUAGCAGUCGUCUAUCCCAUCGAAUCUCAGGGGUUCCGGAACCCGCAAAAAGCCGUGCAAGUCAGCCUGUUGAUAUUCCUAACAAUCUUUGCCUUCCAUCUUCUUGUUUUCCUUGGCUCCAUCAAGCAACAAAGAGGCCAUGAAGCAGACAACCAGACUUGCUUUGAGGGCAUACCUCUUGUCCAGCCGGUGGCCAUUGCUAACUACUUCCGCUUUGCCCUGGGCUUUUUGGUGCCGCUCCUGGUUUUGAUUUUGUCUUACCAGAGGAUCUUCAAGGGCGUCAAGAAGAGCUUAACCCUGGGGCCAGAACAAAAGGCAAAAGUUAAGCUUCUUUCCAUAUCAGUCAUCACCAUCUUCAUCAUCUGCUUCGCCCCCUAUCAUAUUAUCCUCUUGCUCAGAACAGUAAAUUUCAACCUGACUGAUUGUAGUUGUGACUUUGAACAAAAAGUUCAUCUGCCCUUCAACAUUGCUUUGGCGCUGUCUAGCCUCAACAGUGCAGUGGAUCCGAUACUCUAUGUAUUAGUCAGCAACGGUAUCAAAAAGGACCUGAGGAAAGUUUUUACCUCCGUCUAUCGUAUUGGUUUCACAAAGGGGAGAGCGAGGGGCUCUCCCAUUUCACUUACUAAGACCACCACUUUGAUCGCCCAUGCGUGACCGAGGACAAGGGUAAAGGUGGAUGAAAUGGAACUCGGAUUCACUGUAGCCUCUUCAGUAUUGACCUAAAGAAAGAAUGCUGCUUCUUGUGCCUGUUCCCAGCUCCGAGACCAGACAGGAGGCAAGAUGUGGAUAAGACAAGAGGUGGAGUCAUGGGCUUGGAUUGCUAGCAACAAUACUGACAACCUGAAUGGGUAAACUCUCCUUACCUAGAGAUACAGAUGGAAAAAUUGGCUCGUGUUAUUUUCAAACCUGACUUUGGGUGUCCACUUUGUACAUUUCUGGAUGGAUCAUUUCACCUGGAACUGUCCUGUCAAUGGCUGACCAAGCAGUGGAGCAAGGGUUUGAUCAAUUAAAGGAGUGUUAGGUUUUCUGCCCGAUGUUCACCUCAACAAGAACUGACAUUCAGCUGCAGAGUCAGACUGGUGCCCUCUCCACUCCCCAGCCUCAUACUGUGAAGACCAGGCACUCCAACACCACAGGACUUGUAACCCAAGCCCAGGGCUAGCAAUAUGGACCCAGUGAGGACAACUGAGUCUCAACGAUAGCCUCAAACUUUUGUCCUCAAGCUAAAAGUUUGACCUUUAGCACUGCAACUAAAGAGAACGGAAGGCAGGUAUGGGGAGCCUUUGUCUUACCACGGGCCAUUCGCACUGACAAAAAUCAGCCUUGGGCCACGCACACACUUAAAAAUCAACUUAAUUUAGUUUUUUUUUCAAGAGAGAAUGCAAAAUCUCACCCUGUUUUAAUGUGAUGGCUGAUUUGAAUAUUGUGUUGUUAAUUAUUAUUAUUACGGUAACUUAGCUAACGCUUUUAUCUCAGGCAAAUUCGGAAGGACGAUGAUAAAUGCCCUUUGGAAGGCCCCACUGUCACAGGUCUGUACUUUUAGAAAUCUGGCUGAGCUGGAUGAAGUCGAGCAAAGGGCCGGAUCAGGCCUGCCAACCCAUAGGUUCCCCACCCCUGCUUGAAGGGGGUCUUCAUAUAUAAGAAGCUACCCUAAAGUGUGCAUUUAUAAUGGAAACAGCAUUUGCAUAUGUUAUAACUAUUCACAAUUUGUAUGUGUAUUGAGGCCACCGCCAUUUGCAUGUGCAAUGGGAUGCCCAUAAUUUGUCUGUGCGAUGAGAUACCCAAAGUUUCACUCAGAUUAUGAUGACUCAGUUUUCAUUAAUAAAAAAGGACCGUUGCUUUCA